AUGGCGGAAAUGCAGGCAGCUUGUCUGUAUGAUUUUGAGGGUGAUGAGCACAAUGGAGAGCUGAGCUUUUCUGCUGGUGAAAUUCUUCAGAUUAUCAAUCAGGAUGUAGGGGAGGGCUGGUGGGAGGCUCGAAACAAAGCUGGAAAACAUGGUCUUAUUCCCGAGACAUAUGUAGAGAUUGUCCAAGCUCCUGAACCAGCUUUCCCACCGCCCCCACCCCCCAUGGUUGGGACUGUUCCAUCCGCCCCACCCAUGUUCUCCAACAAUGGCUAUGCCAGCUCCCCGCCGGACAAUGUACCUAGCAGCUUUAAUCACCAGCAGAGUGCCGAUGAUUGGGAGGAUGACUGGGAUGAUGAUGAUGGCGAUUCAAGCACUAGUACCGGUCACAGCCAGGAAUUUACUGGUACCGCCAGCACAGCUCCAGGGCCCUCCAAACGAGAAGCAAAGCAAAUUUCUCCAGGCAGUGAGUUAUCCAAAUAUGGUACAGUGAAAAGCAGUUUUAAUAGAUUUUCGCAGUUUGCCAAGUCUGGUGGUGAGGCAUUUCUCAUGGGCCAGACCAACGACAAGGUACCAGAAUGUGAGAAAAUCAAAAUCAUCGAUUCAGUGGAUGGUCCAAUGUGGUUAAAGCAGGACAGUGCUUACACAUGCAUUGUUGCAGAUCCCAAGAAGGACAGCAAGAUGAAAGGGCUGAAAAGCUUUGUGACCUAUCAGUUGACACCAUCUUUCAGCAAUAUCAAAGUGAGUCGGAGGUACAAGCAUUUCGACUGGCUGCACGGGAGACUUGAGUACAAAUUUGCCUGUAUACCGAUUCCUCCACUACCGGACAAAGCUGUUACAGGUAGAUAUGAGGAGGAGUUUAUUCAGGAGAGAAUGCGCCAGCUCCAAGGCUGGAUUAACAGAAUGGUUCAACAUCCGGUUAUAUCUAGGAGUGAUGUCUUUCAACAUUUUCUUACCUGUACAGAUGAUAAGAAAUGGAAAGUGGGAAAAAGAAGAGCAGAGAAGGAUGAAUUCCAGGGUGGAAAAUUCUUUCAGUUGUUACAGACACCAAACCAAGCAUUAGCCAGAAAAGAAGUUGAGGCUAAAAUGGAAGUGUUUGGCAGAUUUGUGGGCUGUAUGACGGACAACAUGAAAACACUUCUGACUGUUAAUCAAGAAUAUGCCAAGAAACAGCUAGGACCCUUCAAGAGAGAGUAUGCCAAAAUUGGGACAUCAUACAAGCAGUUGGCACAGACGUUUAAUUUAGAUAAAUCUGCAUAUUCACUUGCUUUGACAGCAGCCAUAGAUUACACAGGGGAUGCCUACAUAGAGAUUGGGGAGAUGUUUGCCAGACAGCCAGUGCUAGAUGCAUACCCGCUUAUAGAAUUUAUCCAUGAGUACAAGGGAGUUCUGCAGACAUACCCAGAUGUUCUCAAAGUUCAUGAGGGUGCUGUAGGAAAAGCUAAGGAGUGUCAGAAGCUGCAGGAGGAGGGAAAGAUGACUGAGCAACAAGUGAAGAAUGUUGUGGCAAAGGCAGAUGUUAUCUCCUAUGGCACUCUGGCAGAGAUGAACCAUUUUCAGCAUGAACGAGUUCGAGACUUCAAGUACAUGAUGCAGAGAUAUCUCCAGGAACAAAUAACUUUUUACAAAAGACUGACGGGCAAGCUUGAAGAGGCUCUGCAGCAUUACAGCCAGGCAUAG